CGUGCCCGGCGUGUGCCCGGAGCCCGCCGGUGCCGCAGGAGGAGCAGGAAGCGCCCGGGCAAACCCAGCCUCGUUAUCACAUGACUCAGCAGCCGCCGCCGCCGCCGGGCUGAGUUCACCCCGCGCCGCGCCGGGAGGGGGAAACCUGCCGCUGCCGCCGCUGCCAUGAGCCCGCGGCCCCGCGGCCGCCGCUGAGCCCGCCGCUGCGCCCCCGGCCCGGCGCCCCCGCUGCGGCAGCGCGGCGGGGCUGCCCGAGCCCCGCUCCCCGCCCCGCUCCCCGCCCUGCGCGGCGGCCCCGGCGCUGCCGCCGCCGGCGGGGCUACUAUGCUCACGCGGGUGAAGUCCGCCGUGGCCAAUUUCAUGGGCGGCAUCAUGGCUGGCAGCGCGGGCGCCGACCACGGCAGCGGCGCGGACUUGCCCCUCCGCUUCCCCUACGGGAGACCCGAGUUCCUGGGACUGUCCCCGGACGAGGUGGAGUGCUCCGCCGACCACAUCGCCCGCCCCAUCCUCAUUCUCAGCAAGGAGACCCGGCGCCUGCCCUGGACGACGGGCUACGCGGAGGUAAUAAAUGCAGGGAAGAGCACACACAAUGAAGAUCAAGCCAGCUGUGAAGUCCUCUUUGUCAAGAAGAAAGCUGGAGGCACUAAUUCUACCCCGAACAAGAACUCAACAAAACGGAGGUCAUCACUGCCUAAUGGAGAAGGUCUCCAGCUGAAAGACAAUUCAGACACAGAUGGAAUCAGCCUGUACUACUGGUCCCUGUUUGAUGGACAUGCUGGGUCAGGGGCAGCUGUAGUUGCUUCCAAACUGCUGCAGCACCAUAUCCAGGAGCAGCUGCAGGAGAUAGUGGACAUCCUGAGGAACACGGCUGUCCUCCCCCCCACCUGCCUGGGAGAGGAACCCGACAACCCAGCCACCAACAGCAGGACGCUGACGCGGGCGGCCUCCCUGCGUGGUGGGGUGGGGGCCCCAGGCUCCCCCAGCACCCCUCCAACACGUUUCUUCACUGAGAAGAAGAUCCCACAUGAGUGCCUGGUUAUUGGGGCCAUAGAAAGUGCAUUCAAGGAAAUGGAUUUGCAAAUAGAACGAGAGAGGACCGUGUACAAUAUUUCUGGUGGCUGCACAGCCCUCGUGGUUGUGUAUUUAUUGGGGAAACUUUAUGUGGCAAAUGCUGGUGAUAGCAGGGCUAUAAUAAUCCGAAAUGGUGAAGUCAUUCCAAUGUCUUCAGAAUUCACUCCAGAGACCGAACGCCAGCGACUUCAGUAUCUGGCUUACAUGCAGCCCCAUUUGCUCGGAAAUGAGUUCACACAUUUAGAGUUUCCACGGAGGGUGCAGCGCAAGGAAGUUGGAAAGAGGAUGCUCUACCGUGACUUCAACAUGACUGGCUGGGCAUACAAAACCAUUGAGGAAGAUGACUUGAAGUUUCCCCUUAUAUAUGGAGAAGGCAAGAAGGCUCGGGUUAUGGCAACAAUUGGAGUGACCCGAGGACUGGGAGACCAUGACCUGAAAGUACACGACUCUAAUAUAUACAUCAAACCCUUCCUGUCCUCAUCUCCUGAGGUGAGAGUCUAUGACCUCCUGCAGUAUGAGCAUGGGCCAGAUGAUGUUCUGAUCCUAGCUACUGAUGGACUCUGGGAUGUGCUGUUAAAUGAAGAAGUGGCAGAAGCUGUCACUAACUUUCUACCAAACUGUGACCCUGAUGAUCCCCACAGGUACACGCUGGCAGCACAGGACCUGGUGAUGCGAGCCAGGGGGGUGCUGAAGGAUCGGGGCUGGCGGAUAUCCAACGACAGGCUGGGCUCUGGAGACGACAUCUCUGUCUACGUCAUCCCUUUAAUACACGGGAACAAACAGUCGUGAAAGCAGCGCCAAGAGUGGUUAUAGGACUGGGAUCUUUUGGGGAAGGGCCUGUAAGAGACAAUGUUUUUGGUGAUCUGACCAGGACACUUCCAAUCGAUGUAAUCUAUUCAAUGCUGGAGGGGUAUUUUUCUGCCCAAAAGGCAGGGCUCUGCACAUAUACUGUAUAUGAUUAAAGAUUAUCCUUAAGAUUAAAAUUUCCCUAUAGAAAUGGUUUUGGUGCUUAACAGGAAUGGGAUUUAAAUGCUGCUAGCAUAUGGAUUCUGUUGUCCCUCCAGGUGGGGAAUUGACUUUUUUCUCAGUUUACCAUGUAGCUUGGAAGAGUCAUUUCAGUUGUGAAAGCAGAAGUGGGUACCAGAAGCCAAGGAGGCUCCUGAAAUCUACCCCCAAAUAUUCAGAAGGUGACUUGGGUCAUGUUUCAUUUAAAGAUACCUAUAUAUACACAUAUAUGAGAUUCAAGAGUUUUCUUCUUGUGAAAAGUUGCAUUCAUGACUUACCUAUGGACAAUUACAAACUUGUGUAAUCUUUUGAAUCCCCAUUUUCCUUCCUGUCUUUUCUUCAGUAGACUAUAUUCCUGUAUUUUAGUAGGAAAACUGAAAUUGUUUUCAGUGUAACUAUGCCUGUUUACUGCAGCUAAAACAGCCACCUGCAAAAUUGUCCAGGAGAAAUAGAUCACAGAUUCUAAUGUGAGGAGUUACUUGUCAGGAUACCCUGUUGUGUGUGUGUACCAUGGUUCUCCAGAGCACAGAAACUCAGCUUUAUGUGAUGUUUACCUUGGAGGCCAUGGUUUCUUUGGGAUCAGAGAUUUUUCAUUCCUUGAAUGGUUCUGCCUGCUUUAUCCUGUUGAAAGGAUCCCUGACUGUACAGCUUUUGCAUCAGUUGGGAGUCAGUAAAUUUAUUUGGGCUCCUAAGUGUAUUUUAGUUGGCUUCCUGCUUGAAGUGGUGGUAUUGUUCUCGUUAUCAAUUUGAUUGCCCAGAUAGUGAUCUAUUUAAAAGUCCUUUCACUUCUUCCUGCCCCCCUUAUUAGUCAGUAUGUCUUUGCCUGCUUGACUUGGUGAUCAGAAAGUGACAGCUUAUAACUUUCUGUCCUCUUGCUCUUGAGGACUGCAGUCAAGGAUCAGAGGAUCACUGUGGUAAAUGCAAGCCCUUGGCUAGCUUCAGCAGCUUUUUUCUUAGAAGUGAUGAAUCAAUUUAAAUAAAGAAAAUUUGAGUAAAACAUUAUCAGAGUGAAAGCAACAGUCCAAGAGGGAAACAAGUGAGCAAAUGUGCAGCUUAACCUGGCUGCUUAUUCUUCAAGCAGACAGCUCUCUUACUCAUUGGCAGGGAUUGAAGGAAAAACAAGAUCAGGAGGCUCUAGUGUAUAGGCAGUUGUGUUGGCAGAGGAGCCACAUUCAAUCUGAUUUACCCUCAGACCACAUAUUUUUGGAGCCUGGAGCUUGCCAGGUCUGUCAUUUCUCCUGUGCUGUGUAAACACCACGCAGCGCGCGUGCAGCACGGCUGCCCAGGGGCUUCAUUGGGUUGCAUCUGGAAGUACACGUGCCACAGUCUCAGUGGUUUAGACUACCCUUGUUCUAAAUCUCUAGACCCAGUAGGAGUUUCAGGUUGAGAGGAGACAAUGCAGGGUGUGUCAUGGCUCAAACAUGCAGCAAACUGCAUGAUUUUUGCCUGAAAACUGGUCUGAGCAUUCCCCAGGGCCUUCAUGUGAUAAAGCUGUGCAGAACACUGAUGUUUUGUAUUCUAGAGCUUCAGCGUAAAUCAAUGGCAUGUCUGAUUAUGUGUUGUCAUGCUUUAUCUAUUAUUUCCUUCUUUUUUUUUUUUUUUUCCCCUUUACCUCUUUUUCUGUGUGCAGCUGGAUGAAAAGAGAGGUUUGGAGUCUAGAAUGUUUUUCACAUUGCCCCUCAUGUUUUAAAGAUUAAGCAAGAGAUCUUCUCUUGCACUUCUUUUUUUUUUCCUAAUAAACUUGCAAACAUGCUUUUCAUGCUCUGUGUAACUCCUGUUGUCUCUUUGCAAAUGCAGUUGUGUAUUUCUCUAGCAAUUCAGAUCCUCUUUCACAAAAAACUAAUCCUGGCAAUUCUAGCAGUCACCUGAACAGCAAAGAAGCUGGUGCUUGCUGGUACCAGCUACAAGCCUGAGUCAAAUAUUUCCGUGCCUGUGCACUGUUAGUCUUCGUUAUUUGGUAACAUGAUGUCAACACACACCAGUCCUUAUAAAAUCACUGCAUAAAAUGUGGUGAAAAUAAAUUACCAGUGUAUUAUUUGCCAGAAAUUAAAGGUGAAAUUUCAAGGCCAUGGAAAAUGCACCUUCUCAUUCAGGGGUGUUUUUAAACAUACCCUUGGAGAGAUGGGUUAGCAGAGUGCAUGACUUGGUGGGAGCAAACAGGCUGGUGACUUUCCAUAGCAAAAUCUCAUGGGUGCUGGUAUGGCUUUGUGAAUCAGCUUCCACUGUGUUUGAUGGUCACCAGAGGUUUUUGUUGCUGUCAGUCAGCCUGCUUCUCUGCAGCAGCUGUGCCCAGGAGGAGUUGUGUUAGCUAUCACACCCUCUCCUAGAAAGGGUGGAAGCACAGUAUCAACAAUUAACAUCAAUUAGCAUCAAUUAAUAAAUUCUGAGAUCUUCAAAGCAUAAUAAAAAGCCUCCUACUCAGAUGUAUGUGACUGAAACUAUUCUGUGAUGCUUUUUGGUUUGCCUUUUUUUUUUUUUUUCCUGCAAAAGUAUCUGCUACACAGUGAGAUGCUUGCCUCCCUAGGGCCUCUCUGGCACAUCUCUGGCACGCUGCUGUUAGUUCUUGGGCUUUCCCUUCUACCUGCUUUCACUAGGAGCUUCCUACCUGCCUGCACUGUGGUCUGUGCUCUGCUUCAAGGCAUGGUAUAAAUACACAUAUACACACCAAAGCCUCAUAUCAAUAGGAGGCAGGAGGCACUUCUUGGGGAGGUAUUGUGUGAGCAGAAAGAAUAACUAAAAGCAUUUCCAAUUACCUCUAUAGGCUGGACUAUUUUGGGAGUCACAACAUUAGAAGCCACUGAUGGCAGGGAGGAUCCAUGCUGCACAAUACCAUUUUUCAGGUAGGCACAGGAUGGUUCUUGUGACGUGCAGACUUGCAGCUGCUCUAGGGCUCAGUGAAGCUCCCAUGUUGGGAGCAGACACCAGCUUGCCUCUUCAAACUGGAGCAAGUUAGGUACCAACUCCAUAUUUUAGAUCCUCGGCACAUCAUUUAAUUACUGCCUGAUGCCAGGAGCACUGUGUGGUUUUUUGCCAGUGAACUUCCCUUAGUAUCUGCGAUUGUUGAAGCCUCAGUAGCAGAGAACCUCAGUCCUGAGUUACCUCACUAUUUGUGUUGCUCUUGCACAGUGCUGUGUCCUUGCCUGUACACGGGUGCUGCUUGGAGAGCCAGGCAAGUUCCUGUCCUUCCUGGGGCAGUGGCAAGGGAAGGAGGUGGUGUGCCUGCCAUAUGGUUCAGGGUAGCUGACAGUAGCACUGUCUGCUGGUGCCUAGUCCACCCCAGUUCCUAGAAACUCAAAACUUAAGAAGCUUCUACCAUUCUCCUGUGGAUACUGUUGCAGAAGGUAAUACAGUCAUUUUGGACGUCUUUUUCUUGCACUACAGCCUAAAAUCUUUGUUUAAUUUGAAGAAGGUGGGUACAAAUUUUGCUUAUACCUCAAGUGAGGCAUUCAGACACCUUUUGGUACAUAAAUGCAAUGAUGCUUCCUUCAUGGGCACAAAAACUGUAUUGUCUGAGAAGGCUGAUGUUCAGUGGCCUCAUGCUGGAGAGAAAGAUGAGGCUUUUUAGAUUCUAAAAAACAACAGGGCUAACAAGCUAAAGGAAAAGUGGUCAGAGCCUGCUCUUAGCAGUGGAUUUCCAUGUUAAAGUUACUUUCAUGUUAAAAUAUGAUGAGAGAUCUGGGAGGUAUGGUUGACUCUCUGCCUCCAGGAUGUUUUUGAAGAACUGCACUUGAUGUUUGGGCAGAUUUUGGCUUUGAACUUUUGCUGGGUUUUUAAAGAACACUACACACUCCAAGCAAAUCUGCUGUGUUUCUUCCUGCCUCGCUGUUUUGCUUUAAUUUUACAUGUUAUGUACAAGUACCUUCAACAUUUUUGUAUCAAACAUGAAUUACAAACUGUGGAAUUGUUGUUCCUCCCUGGCAUUUUUGGUGUGUAAAUAGUUUUUCUCCAUGUGUCUCAGAUAGUGAUGUGGCUGCCAUGGAGAGAGUGACCAAACAAUGCUGUAACUGUGCUGCUGUAUUUCUACCUGUGACAUACUUGAAGGAGGAUGCCCUUGUCCACCUCCACUCUCAUUCUUUUUUCUUUUUUUUCCCAUUGCUACUGGUGUUCUUUCAUAGGUGUCUUAUUUUGGUUUGGGAUUGAUUUUUCUUUAUAAUAGUUUCCACCUUUUUCUUUCCUUCUUUGGACAAGUCCUGUUGUUUUGAGUUCUGUACGAUUUUGAGUUCUGUGCGACUGUCUGGGUUUUUAUAUAUCCUGAAGAAUGGAGAACCAGCUGGAGGAAGAUGUUUUGGACCAGUGUACUUCUGCUUUGUGACUGUGAAAUGCUAAUCUUUUUUGUAACCUAAGAACAAAAAAAAUGUUUGGUAAAGGGAUAUAUUUUGUGUUUUUUGAAACUUUUCAGUGCAAUGAACAAAAGAGGAGGAUGCUGAAGAAGUGUAUGCGCAAAGUUUUAAAAUAAAAUUUUAAAUUAUAUAAA